AUGAACACCGCCCCAAGGGACGCCCAGGCCCCGGGCCACUGUGGGCGCCUCCGGACUUCCGCGGCCCAGACCCCCUCUGUCACCCAGGUCCCGGCAGCCAAGAAGAUCACCUUCCUCAAGUGGGGGGACCCCCAGUUUGCCGGCGUUCGUCUGGCUGUUCACCAGCGGGCCUUCAAGAGCUUUGGCGCCCUGAUGGAUGAGCUCUCCCAGCGGGUGGCCCCCCUUGGGGUGCGCUGUGUCACCACGCCCCGGGGCCUGCAUGCAGUCGGUGCCCUGGAGCAGCUGGAGGAUGGGGGCUGCUACCUCUGCUCCGACAGGAAGCCUCUCAGGACCGCCCGUGCGCCGGGCCCCAGGGAGGCGCCGGAAGCAGCCUCUCGCUGCAGGGGCGUGAGGACACAUCUCCUGGCUAAGAACGGGGACCUGGGGCUCCAGCACACGGUGGCUCUCGGCCACGGGACCGCGGGGACCCUGGCCGUUCUCAGCAAGGCCUUGGCGCGCCUACGCUUCCCCGCGCAGCAGCGGCACACGGCCCGCGGGGAGAAGGCGCUGCCCAGCCCCCCGGUGCUCCCGUGCCCGGGCCCCGAGCCCGUCUGGCCUCCCGCGGUGGAAGAGGCCAGAGGAAGCGCGGCUGGAGCAUUGUCUGGGCAGCCCUCGAGGAGAAGCGGGAGCUGGGGGCCCACGGCCGAGCGGAGCGUGAUGCACUCGCGGUGCAGGCUGGGCAGCAGGCCCAGGCCGUCCUCGGUGCUGUCGGCGAGGUCUGGUCUCAGUGACGCCCCCGCGUCGAGGCAUCGUGCCAGGGUAGACAGGCACCCUUGGGAUACACCCACCCAGCUGGGCCCCUUGGUGACUGGCGGCGACAUGGAGAAGGUCUGUACGAGCGAGGACGGCGGCCUGGCUGUGGAGAUGAAGGUCCGCGUCCACCUGCUGGCCGAGGAUGUGCUGCUGUGGCCCAGGGGGUUGGGCCAGGCCAGCACCCCCGCGGGGGCCAGAGGGGAGGCCCCUGUGCAGAGGGAGGCAGAACCCCUCCACUGGGUGUGGGAGGGCUACCCUGAGAGGUCUCUGGAGCCCAGGGCAGGGGGCCCGGGCCCCUGUGAGACAGGGUGCUGCGAGGACACGUGUGGUCCAGGCCAGCGGCACCUGGGGUCUGGAUACGAGAGCUGGACAAACCGCCUGCAUGCCUCCCAGGAGGCCGGGCCAGCUGCUCAGAGGAGGCUGGGAGGGUCCCAGCACUCCCACUCCAGGGGGCCCUGGGGCCCAGGGGGUGCUGGCAAGAAAGGAAGCAGCAAGGGUAGCGCCAACCUGGCCUCGAGUCACAGGCCCUGCCAGGGCUCUGAGCCAAACUCCUCCUGCUGCUGCGGGGCGCCCGAGGGCAGCGGCGGCCCACCUCCGGCCUCUGGGGCUGCCUCCCAGAGGGGCCCUGGGCAGGCAGGGGCUCUUCUGACCUCCUCAGCUGGCGCUGGGCCCCAGGGAGGGGGCAGGGGCAUGGGCGAGCACCAAGGCUGCCCCAGCGAGGCAAGGUCCACGACCUCUUGGAGGAAAGCUACCCUGCGGGGAGACCCAGACUCCCCCAUGGGGAGUCCCUCAUCUUUGAGGAGUGGAGACCCACACGCAGAGGAGAGCAGACAGGGCGCGGGGCAGCCCCCAGCCAGGCAUGGGGCUGGGGUGGGGCUGCCUCUGGCCGCGGGCCGGGCUGGCUCCGGGCACACAAAAGGCUGCCCCCCGGCCUCUGCCUGCACCUCAGCCCCGGGUGGGAGAAGGCGGUGGGAGAGGAGGGCUGAAGCCGCGUCCUCACCAGGCACGGCUGGUCUCGGCCAAAAGGCCCAGAGGGGCCACCCCAGGCAGCACCCCAGCCCAAGGGACACCCACUGACUGCUCAGCUGCCCUGAGUCCAGGCCAGGCCCUCCCAGCAGAGUCAGGACACGGCUGGAAAGCACUGCACCCCAUCUUUUCCAUAGCUCAUCGAGCACCAGGACCCCAGCCUCUCAGGGCUCAAGGCCGCCCUCCUCAGCCUACUCGGUCCCACAAGAGGUCAGCAGUGACCCCACCACACCCCCCCUGGGCUCUCGGGCCAGCGCUGCCUGCAGGAGAGCGGCCACAGCAGCCAGAAGGGGCAGCCCCACAUGCAGGCCCAGGCCCAGUAGAAUGUCGCAAGGGAGGGUUGGCAACGGAGGGGGACACCUGGGGGGGCAAGAGGAUGGUGGGGUGACCCCCAGGGCUCUGCCCCGAGCCUCGCCAGAAGCCCUGGUGCGCGAAUGGCUGAGCAGCGUCCCGGAGGAGCCCGUGGUGCUCAUGGAAGAUGAGCCGGUGAACGGAGGCUGGGACACAGCUGGGGGUAGCCCUGGAGGCCCCCGGGAGGACCCUGCAGGCGAACUUUCCCCGGAAUGUCUGGGGGAGCCUGCUCAGGCCGGACAGUCGCCCCUGGGCGAGGACACCGAGCUGGACGGGGCCCUCGUGGAGAUGGUCGAUGUGGGGCCCAGGUCGGGAGAGGGUCCUCCUGACAGCGGGGUUUCCAACGCCCCCCAGAGGGCCGGGGCAGGCAAGGGUGUGGCCUUGGGCUGCAGUAUGGGCCGGUGCGUGCUUCCCGGCAGGGUCUCGGCCUCCGUGCAGGUCAUGAAGGCACUGCUGGGCUCCAGGCAGGGCCAGCCCAGCAGCCUGCCCGAAGUGUCGGGGGCAGCUGGCAGGAGGCUCAGCCGCUGGGCCCAGGCCCUGCUCAGCUGCCUCACCAGGCUCCACUUCUUUGAUAAAGACCUGGUGUCCCCCGCUGGCCCUGUGAGGUUCGCACACUCUCCUUGGUACCAGGAACUUCUGGAUACCUUCUGGGGCCUGUGGCUGGGGAGUGGCCCAGGGCCGGGUGAGCUGGAAUGGAGCCAGGCUCUGUUGGGGCUCAGGACCCACGUCAAGCCUGAGGACCUCACGCCCACGUCCUCCUCCGGAGUGGACAUUGGCAGUGGCUCUGGAGGCUCUGGGGAGGGCAGUGGACCCCUGGCUCCUGAGAGGGCAGAGCUGCCCUUGCUAACCCCUGAACUUAGGCCUGAUUCCAGAGCCUCAGAGGACCAGGGUGGGCAACAGCCAACUGGUCCCGAGGCCUCCUCUUACUCCCCAGCGUGGGCUUGUUCCUCCGGGGGAGACAGAGCAGAUGGGGGGCAGAUGGUGGGGAGUAACCGGGACCAAGAAGUAGAAGACACAGUUCCAGAAGAGGGGGUGCAGCCAGAGAAAGGGAAAGCAGGAAUCAAAGGCACAGAACUUCAAGGAGAGGGUGCCACAGAGCAAAGGCUUCCAGAAGAGGCAGGUGUCUCCCCUCAGGCACUGCCAGGGGCAGACUUUCAGGAGGCAGAGCGCACACAGGAAGGCAAGCAUGUGCAGGAUGAGGAAGCAGGGGGCAUCUGUGCCUCUGAGGUGCUGUGCCCUCCAGAGAGGAGAGAAGACCCCACAGAGAGUCCUGGGAGCUUCAGCGAGGGGGACUCCAGCACCAUCAGGAGGGCUGGGGAGAAGGGCACGUCGAGGCCUUGCAGAGUGUCCCUGGGUCCUGACCCCCACUGGGUGUCCAAGCUGCUGAGGAAAAUGGAACAGGACUUCAUGGCCCACCUGGCCAGUGCCACAGCCGAGCUCCGAGCCCGGUGGGGGCUGCAGAGCAACCACUUGCUGGACCAGAUGGCGUCUGAGCUGCAGCAGGACGUGGGCCGGCGGCUCCAGGACAGCUUGGAGAGGGAGCUUAGGAAGGUCCAGAGCCGGGCGGGGUGGACGGCGCCACCCCAGGAAGGCCUCAGGUGGAAGCUGUCCCUACAGAUGGAGCAGCACAGGCACCGCCUGCAGGGCCUACACAACCUCUCGGCCUUCUCUGAGCAGACCCCAGGCUGGGAGACACCCUCCCUCGCCCUGGAGGCACGGCUGGCUGGGGAGGGGUUCUGUCCCUGCCAGGCCUGGGUGAGGAAGAAAGUGAGCCCUGCAUACCCCAGGGGCAGCGUGGGGGUGGCCAGUGCCCCCAUCAUGAAGGCCUUUGACCUCCAGCAAAUUCUGAGGCAGAAAGGGCAGUGUGCUAAGGGGGAGAUUUUAGAGGCAGCCCCUGAGAUGACAGGGAUGGAACCAGCUCAGGGGGACCCCAGUGGGGACCUGGACUUGGGGUUAGGCCCUGACCCUGGGGUGCAAGUUGAUGGAGAUGGGGCUGAGGGCAGCCAGACCCUGGGCAGAGGUGGAGGAGACAACAGGAGCAAAGGAGCAGACAUGGACUUGGAGGGUGAACAGCGACAGUCCUUGGGAAACGCUCUGUCCAGGGCGCCCUCGAUGGGGGGGCUAUUUGCUCUGAAAGGUGGAAUUCCACCUCCCCAGCCCCCUUAA